AUGGAGGAGGAGGAGGCUGUACUGUCUCCCAGGGCUAACAGCACUGAGUGCGGCGUCGGGGCUAACUGGACAGGCUCCCCCGUGUGUUGGCUGCAAGUGUCUGGGGGUGGCCCAGAGGUAGUGAUUGUGCCUGUGCUCUUCGGGCUGAUCUUCCUGCUGGGCAUGGUGGGGAACACACUGGUGUUUGUGGUGCUGGGGCGAAUCCGAUCUGGGGGACGCCCUUCACGCAGCGCCACCAACAUCUUCAUCCUCAACUUGAGCAUCGCCGAUUUCUCAUUCCUGCUCUUCUGCGUCCCCUUCCAAGCCACCAUCUACUCCCUGCCAGAGUGGGUCUUCGGCGCCUUCUUCUGCAAGUGGGUUCAUUACCUGGCCAUGGCCACCAUGCUCGUCAGCAUCUUCACCCUAGUGGCCAUGUCUGUGGACAGAUACAUCGCCGUGGUGCACGCCAAGCGCUCGCCCUGCAUCCGCAGCAAACGCAAUGCCUCCCUGGGUGUGGGCAUCAUCUGGCUGCUGUCGCUGCUCAUUGCUAUCCCCGUGGCCCAGCACCAGGCCCUCAUGAGUGGCCACCAGCAGGCACCCAACAGCUCCUUCUGCUGGGAGCAGUGGGCUGAUGAUUCAGCUGCCAAGCAAACCUACAAGGUGACCAUCCUGGUGAUGGGGUACCUGCUGCCCCUGGUGCUCAUUACCUGCUGCUAUGCCAAGGUUUUAUAUCAUCUUCAUAAAAAAGUGAAGAACAUUUCCAAGAAGUCGGAGAGAUCAAAGAAAAAGACAGCGCAGACAGUGCUACUCGUGGUUGCUGUAUUCUUGAUUUCCUGGCUGCCGCACCACAUCAUCACCAUGUGGGCAGAGUUUGGUCAGUUUCCCCUGAACAACAUCUCCUUCACUUUUCGCAUCAUCUCUCACUGCUUAGCCUACGGGAACUCUUGCAUUAACCCCAUCAUCUAUGCUUUCCUCUCGGAGAACUUCCGCAAAGCCUGCCGGCAAGUCUUCACCUGCAAGUUCCUCCUGCAGCCAGCUCCGGCUGAGAAGCUUGUGAGAAUACGCAUGGAGAACUUUUCUACCACCCACUCAACGACUAAUGUGUGACCUGGGCAUAAAAAAUGAAAAUACAUUUCAGUAGACUCUACUGGAAAAACAGAAGAUGGGGAGAGUAAGGGGGGCCCCACUUGUAUAGAUAUGAUUAUGGAGCAGAGUGCCUCAAGAGUGACUCAUUCAUCAUGUCAAUGGAAUCAUGAGCAUUCCUUAAUGCAGCUGUUAGCAUACUUCACACAGGAACAGCUGGUCCAGUUGUAGCCUGCUAACCACUAGAUUCUAUACAGCAGCGGUGCUCAGACACACCACACAAGCUCCUAAAUACUUCCAGAUUCGCACAAACAGGCUGAGGCCUAAGUUUAGAUGGAAGGUGGAGUUUUAUCUGAUAAGAAAAUAAUCCAGUUCUGUGUCCUUCAAAGAGCAGUCAAACUGAUGGGGCUGAAUACAAACUGGGGUGUGGUUUAUUUUGGAGCGAUUGCUUGAAGUAGUUAGGAAAAUGUCUUGUUGCAAAGUCUCUAAUGUUACUGUUGUAUCUUAAAUCACAUCUGGAUGUCAGUGUUUCUAGUGUAUGUGAACUGGAUUUAUUUUUAAUUAAUUUGCUGUGAUUGGGUCUCCAUUCUUCAUGACAGGUUUUCCUAACCCUCUUUUGACAGAGUAAAAGAGCUCAGUGCAUUCAUGUAACUGACUAAAGUCACAAAUUACAUCUCAGAGGUCUGAGCAUUUGUAUUUGUCUGCUUCUUAUCGCCCUGUAUAUUUCCUGGUUUGAAUGUUAGUACCAGUUACAUUCAGGAGAACGUUAUCAAUCAUUGUCUCUAAUGCUGGUCUGUUUAGAACCAGCGAGGGGGAGAGCACAAGAUUUAAAACUAAAACUCUUAAAAGAGUAUAUUGUUAAGUGUCAGUGUCUUUCUGUUCAAAGGUAUUGUUUACACAAGGUUUUGUUUGUACACAUACUGUGAGCAUGCCUUGCCAAAGCAUCAACUGUAUCGUAGCAACCAUCGUUUUGAGGCCUUUGAACUGAGCAUUAUUGCUGUAUAAACCUGGUGUUUGUAAAUAUACCAAGUGCCAUGCUAGUUCAUUUUUUACACUGUGUGGCUGAAAAUUUUAUUUUUUUUCAUUGUUAUGUAAUUUGAAAACUAUUGCAUUAAACGUUGUGACCUGCAAUUCAGAUUGAGCUGUGUUGAAAUGACCCAAGAGAAGGGUAUUCUGCUCAAGGGACUUGCAAUGUUUCAUGAAAAGGAUUUUAUUUUAACAACUAUCUUUAUUAAGGUUUCAUGUAUGAUUUUCAAAGGGUUAAUAAAUGGUUUAUUAAUUAACCUGUGCGCCAAACAGGUUGCUUAUAACCACCUAUAAAAGCUUCUACUGCUAUAAUCAUAACAUAGACUAAUGUCUGUAAUAUGGUUAUAAUACCUGUCAAUCAUAGAGGAAAUGUAAUCAUAGAAUAUCAGGGUUGGAAGGGACCUCACUUAACCCUUUACAGUUUAUACCUUAAUAUGGGAGCAAAACAUCCUUCAUAAAUUUACUGGGAUCUUAAGACCACACCAAAAAACUAAGGCUCUCUUCACUUUCCCUCAUCAUAACCUGAGGGCAGAAUUAUCUUCUCUGACCCACAAAGUGGAUACCUUAUUACACUUCUUCGCUCAUUUCCUUUGAAGAACUCUUGAUAUCAAGGAAAUGUGUGUAAUGAGGAAAAAAAGAGCAUUAUCUAGUAGUUCCAGCAUGAGACUGGGAGUCAAAACUCAUGUAAACUGAGAGUCAGGGUAGCUCAAUUUUCCCCUGUAACAAUGGGGAUGCUAUAUACCUCCAUAGUGCCUGGUGGGAGCUUAAACUGGUUAAUUUCAAGAGCCUUAGCUAAUAUACAAGAUGUUCUAUACACAACCAAGAUUUGCAACAGUGAAGAAUGAUGAAUUUUGUCCUGAGAACUUAAUUCCACAAUGAGAAGUUUAGUCCAUUGUGUGCAAGAUCUACAUAAUGGGAAGAAGAUUCAAACUCUGGUAUCACAAAUCCAAAACAAAAGCCUUUACUAAAAGUAAAAAGUCUACUUCAUCUGCUCAGCUGGUAGACAUAGCCAUUAAACCUAAGAGGGACAACACAUUCCAUUAGACUGGUGCCAGCUGAAUAUACAGGCUAAUGAAGUAAGCUGCUACAAUAUAGCUUUGUCCCUUGUCUUGUAUUAGAUCAAAGACAUUUAGAUACUACAUGAAUUUCAGAAUAUGGCUCCCUUUCUCAGUGAACAUCUGACAAUAGACUGUAAUAGAGAAUCAGGCAUUAAUUAAGCGUUUUGCCUUCAGAGACAUGUAAUUGUCCAAGCAAAUAAACAUACAGCCUCCCUCUUUAGCAUCAGACAUUCUAAUGCUGAUGGUACAUCGGUCCUGUAGAACAGGACUUGUAAUCUUUUAAUGGAGCACAAAGCACUGGAAACAGGAAUCUGAAAAGGAGAAGUUUGAAACCAAAUAAUAGAAUAUAAGGCCAGAAGGACCUCCAGAUCAUCUAAUAUGAUCUCCCAUGUAUCAGAGACCACCAACACCUUCUAGCAUCUGCACACCAAGCCAGCAACAAAAACUUAGACCAAGUUAAUUACACCCCUAAGAAGACUAAUCUAUUAUAUACCACAGGCAGAGAAUAGGACCGAGGAGCACCAAUGCUGGAGGCAUUGCAGUAACAAGGGAUUAAAUGAGAUAUACUCAGAUGAUCCUGACAAGCAACCCACACACCAACCUGUAGAAGAAGGUGAAAACGCCCCAUAGGUCGCUGCCAAUCUCAUCUGAAGGAAAAUUACUUCCUGACUUCACAUAUGGCGAUCAAUUAGAUCUUGAGAAUGCAGUCAGCUAAGCACCUGAGAGUGUAAAUGCUCACUACCACCUCAGCACACCAGCCCACCCCAUCUAGAAUCCCGCUGCCAGCUGUGGCCAUCUGAUGCGUCAGAGAAUGGAGAUAACUCCAGCACGUGCGUGACUGGCUGAAGCCCUGAAACAUGAGUUUUUAGGAUCAGACAUAAACCAGAAGGAACCCUCAGGGCUGCCUCCCACCAUCACACAAUCCCACUCAUAAAUUUGUCCAGCUCUCUCAAAACUAGUUAAGUUGUUUGCCCCCACAACUCCUCUGAGGAGGCUACUCCAGAAUCUCACUCUUCUGAUGGUUAGAAACCUACUAAUUUCCAGCCUGAAUUUGUUCAUGACCAGCUUAUACCUAUUUGUUCUUGUGCCAGUGUUGUCAUUUAGCUUAAAAAGUUCUUCACUGUCUCUGAGGUUUAUCCCCCAAUGUAUUUAUAGAGACCAAUUAUAUCCCCUCUCAGCCUUCUUUUUGCUAGACUAAACAAGCCAUGCUCUUUCCAGUCUCCUCUUAUAAGACAGGCCUUCCAUUCCCCUGAACAUAAGUAGCCCUUCUCUGCACUUGUUCCAGUUUGAAUUCAUAUUUCUUGAACAUGGGUGACCAGAACUGUACACAGUAUUCCAAAUGAGGUCUUACCAGUACCUUAUACAACAGCAUUAAUACUUUCCUAUCUUUACUAGAAAUGCCUUGCACGAUACAUCCUAGGAUCACAUUUGCCUAUUAAGUUGCAUCCCAUUUCUGUUACUCCAAUCUUCUAGGUCAUCCAGUUCCUCCUGUACAAUAUUCUGAUUCUCUUCUGUAUUGACAAUGUCUCAGCUCACUCCUACUUUUUGUACCAAGAUCACUAAUGAAAACAUUAAAUAAGACUGGCCCUAAGAUUAAUCCCUGAGGAACUCCACUAGUAACAUCCCUCCAGUCCAACAGUUCACCUUUCAGCACAACACACUCCCUUUUGCCAGUUAGCCAGUUUCUUACCCACCUUAUAAUUUUGUUCACUAAUCUCUAUCUUCUCUAAUGUAACUAAUUUCCCAUGUGAUACCACAACAAAUGCUUUACUGAAGUCCAACUAUAUUAACUGCAUUUUCCUUAUCUAAAAAAUCAUUAAACUUGAAUCGCGGUAUCCUAUUUUUCUUAGAGAACCACAUUAUUAUUACAGACUGACAUGAAACAUAGAAUUAUAGGCUUUCUUUACGUAGGGCAACUGUAAUGGGGGUCGCAUUCAUCUCUUGCAAAUGCCCCAUGUCCAAGUGCAUGUGACUGCAUUCACUCUCUAAGUUUGUGGUGGGUCUAUGGUGACUCAGCCCUCUGGCCAAGUCACACACAGUCUGUAUGUGAAAUAAAAAACCCUUCUGGGGAAACAGUCCAACCGGGGGGGACCUAUCCCAGUAUCCCUCAGUUGGCCUCUCUUUCCUGGUAGCCCUCCCUGGGCUCAGGCCCUUAAUUAGUCCAUCAGUCUUUAAAAUGGCCUCGGCCCUGGUAUUGAGCCGUACUCUAGGGCAGUGACUCUCAAUCUUUCCAGAUUAUUGUACCCCUUUCAGGAGUCUGAUUUGUCUUGUGAGCCCCCCCAAAUUUCACCUCAGUUAAACUAUUUGCUUACAAAAUCAGACAUAAAAAUACAAAAAAAUGUCACAAUACUAUUACUGAAAAACUGCUGUCAUUUUUACCAUAUAAUUAUAAAAUAAAUCAAACUGUAAAAUAUUGUUCUUACAUUUCAGUGUAUAGUAUGUAGAACAGUAUAAACAAGUCAUUGUAUCAAGUAUCAGGGGGUAGCCGUGUUAGUCUGUAUCUACAAAAACAACAAGGAGUCUGGUGGCACC